CGCAGCAUCGACCGGAGUGCACGCGCUAGGCGCGCACCGAAGCGCGGCCGCUGACUCAUGAGUGCACGCAUCGAUCGCGACAUGCCCAGCCACUGACUGCCCAUGAGACAGCCCUCGCGCCACUGACACACCAGACACGAUGUCGUCGAUUAGACUGCCAUCGGUCGUAGUCAAAUGACAAUAACUAGAUUAAAGUGUCGGGAGCGCUCAUGAGACAAUCGUGUCAUCGGCUGCUUGAGCACCAGCAGGCCGGCGGAGACGAACCCCCCCUUUACUCACCAAUCGAUCAAAUUUCAGUGGUACCUGACCAUGUGGGCAGGGACACCGGAGGCAAGCUGACACGAUAUGCGACGACGGAGGAGGACGAGGCGACACUCAGGGAACUACUACUUAGCCUUCAGAGACAGGUGAGCGUGAUGAGUAUGAACCUCUCCGCUAAGCUGGACGACCUGCAGAGGGGGGACCGGCAGCUCGAGACCACCGUCGCUCUCUGUGAGAUCCGGACCCAACUCCAGGAGCUGACUAAGAGUGUGGAGUCAUGCCAGAGUGAAGUCUCCGAGGUGAAGCGAGACAUGGUCGCCAUCAAGCAGGAGCUGGACACGGUACAGCAGGUGAAGGAGGAGAUCGAAGAGCUGAGGGAGUACGUGGACCGCUUGGAGGAGCACUCCCAGAGGAGGAAGCUGCGGUUGUUAGAACAGGGCCUCACCUUCUUCCUAUCCUACGCUAUCCUGGCUGCAGUCUUGGGGAUGCUGCAGUUCGGAUACAACACUGGUGUCAUCAACGCUCCUGGCAAAAACAUCGCCAACUUCAUGAAGGACGUGUAUAAGAAUCGGUACGGGCUGGACCUGCAUGACGACACCGUGAACAAGCUCUAUUCCAUCGCGGUCAGCAUCUUCGCCAUCGGGGGCAUGCUGGGAGGCUUCUCUGGGGGGAUGAUUGCCAAUCGGUUUGGGAGGAAAGGGGGUCUCUUGCUAAACAACAUUCUGGGCAUCAGCGGCGCGAGUCUCAUGGGCUUCACAAAGAUAUCCCACUGCUACGAACUUCUCAUCUUCGGAAGAUUCAUCAUCGGAGUCAAUUGUGGUCUAAACACCUCACUAGUGCCAAUGUACAUAUCGGAGAUUGCGCCGCUCAACCUUCGCGGCGGGCUGGGUACGGUCAACCAACUGGCUGUCACCGUCGGACUGCUGCUGUCCCAAGUGCUCGGAAUCGAACAGAUCCUCGGUACUGAUGAGGGGUGGCCGAUACUGCUGGGCCUGGCGAUCUGUCCCGCAAUCCUGCAGCUGAUCCUGUUACCUGCGUGCCCCGAGUCCCCACGGUACCUGCUCAUCACGCGUCAGUGGGAGGAAGAGGCUCGCCGUGCUCUACGAAGACUUCGUGCUAGUAACCAGGUGGAAGAGGACAUUGAAGAGAUGAGGGCCGAAGAGAGGGCCCAGCAAGCCGAGGCGUCCAUCUCGAUGCGUGAGUUGUUGUGCUCACCCACCCUUCGAGCCCCUCUCCUCAUCGGCGUGGUCAUGCAACUGUCGCAGCAGCUGAGCGGUAUUAAUGCGGUCUUCUACUACUCAACGUUCCUGUUCACCUCAUCUGGCCUCACGGACGAGUCUGCCAAGUUCGCUACCAUGGGCAUUGGAGCCAUCAUGGUGGGAAUGACGCUGGUCUCGCUGCCCCUCAUGGAUCGCACUGGAAGACGGACCUUACACCUCUACGGGCUCGGCGGGAUGUUCAUCUUCUCAAUUUUCAUCACCAUCUCGUUUCUGAUCAAGGAGUUCUUUGGCUAUGUGCAGGAGAUGAUCGACUGGAUGAGCUACUUGUCAGUGGUGUCCACACUCAGCUUCGUGGUAUUCUUCGCGCUCGGCCCCGGGUCCAUUCCUUGGCUGAUCACCGCUGAGCUGUUCUCGCAAGGACCCCGACCUAGCGCCAUGGCGAUCGCCGUGUUAGUAAAUUGGAUGGCCAACUUCGUCGUUGGAAUCGGCUUCCCUAGCAUGAAGGCACUACUGGAAAACUAUACAUUCCUGCCUUUUAGUGUAUUCCUUGCAAUUUUUUGGAUAUUUACGUAUAAAAAAGUUCCUGAAACAAAAAAUAAGACCUUCGAAGAGAUUUUGGCACUGUUCAGGAAUUCCAAUGGGAGGGACAGUUUUCGAGACAACCGCCUCUACGGGAGCAUGAUGAACUGCGUGAACGCACUGGAACAACAGCUGCCCCCGCCCCCGCCGCCCGCGCCCGUCGAUGAGAAGCACGAUUCACUGUCGGAACAGUCCUCGGGAGCGGGGGAGGCGGGGCGCCCCCCGCCGCCGCUGCCGCCCCCGCGCUUCCCCGCCCCCGGCAACGUCUGA